GCCCGCCACUCUUCCGUUGAUCCGUCCCCGGCGAAAAAGGAGCACUAUCCCCUUCUUCUUCUCGGGACGGAAACAUCACUCUCGCAGUCUCUCUCCCGUGUAGUGAGUGGACUUCAUCUCCCUGUUGCUUGAGAGGAGACGACUGACGAGGUGUUUUCUGGAGGCUCUCGCUUAUGCGGUGGGUGCCGGUCAACUGAGGACCCGGUAACGAGUGGGUCUUGGCAGGAAAGGGGGUGAUGGCGCGAGGGCCGGGCGUGCCGGUGGCGGCUGGGGUGUUGAUCUUGGCCGCCGCCGCCUCCUGGCACGGCGCGGAGGGGAAGGCCUGCACUAACGCGUUCCCGGGGCUGACGUCGCACACGGAGCGCGCGGCGGCGCAGCUGCGGCCGGCGCCGGCAUCCGAGCCCGGUCACCAUGGCCACGGCCAUGAGCAUGGCCACGAGCAGCACCUCACCCCCACCGACGAGUCCACAUGGAUGUCGCUCAUGCCGCGGCGGGCGCUGCGGCGCGAGGAGGCGUUCGACUGGCUCAUGCUCUACCGCAAGCUGCGGGGCGCCACCGCUGGCGAAACGCGGGGCGGGGCGAUCCUCUCCGAGGUCUCCCUGCACGACGUGCGGCUUGAGCUGGGCAGUCUAUACUGGCGAGCCCAGCAGACCAACCUAGAGUAUCUGCUCCUCCUGGACGUCGACCGCCUCGUCUGGAGCUUCCGCAAACAGGUCGGGCUGACGGCGCCGGGAACGCCCUACGGCGGGUGGGAAGGCCCUGACGUCCAGCUCCGGGGACACUUUGUUGGGCAUUACCUGAGUGCUACUGCAAAGAUGUGGGCUAGCACACACAAUGAUACUCUUAAAGAAAAAAUGUCGUCUGUCGUUGAUACGCUCUACGAUUGCCAGAAGAAGGUGGGCACAGGGUACCUGUCGGCCUUCCCGUCGGAAUUCUUCGAUUGGGUUGAAGCCAUCAAGCCUGUCUGGGCUCCUUACUACACAAUCCACAAGAUUAUGCAAGGCCUUCUUGAUCAAUACACAGUGGCUGGGAAUUCCAAGGCUCUUGACAUGGUGGUAAAGAUGGCUAAUUAUUUCAGUGACCGGGUGAUGAAUGUCAUACAGAAAUACAGCAUUGAGAGGCAUUGGGAAUCUCUCAAUGAGGAGACUGGUGGGAUGAAUGAUGUGCUCUACCAGCUCUACACGAUAACGAAUGAUCUGAAGCAUUUGACAUUGGCUCAUCUCUUCGAUAAGCCGUGCUUUCUUGGGCUGCUUGCAGUUCAGGCCGACAGUAUUUCAGGCUUCCAUUCCAAUACCCACAUUCCAGUUGUCAUUGGUGCGCAGAUGAGGUAUGAAGUUACCGGAGAUCCUCUUUACAAGCAAAUUGCGACAUUCUUUAUGGAUACAAUAAAUUCUUCUCAUAGCUAUGCAACUGGUGGCACAUCUGCCGGAGAAUUCUGGACCUACCCAAAACAUUUAGCUGAGACUCUGAGUACUGAGAAUGAGGAAUCCUGCACCACAUACAACAUGCUUAAGGUUGUUAAAUUAUCAAACCAUCCUAAACAUUUAUUUCUUUUUUUAGAAAUGUGUCAUAUUAAAACCCAUGUGCAGAUUUCUCGCAAUCUAUUCAGAUGGACAAAGGAAAUAGCAUAUGCAGAUUAUUAUGAAAGAGCACUGAUAAAUGGUGUUUUAAGCAUUCAAAGGGGGACAGAUCCUGGUGUGAUGAUUUACAUGCUACCCCAGGCCCCAGGACACUCUAAAGCUGUGAGUUAUCAUGGUUGGGGAACAAAGUAUGAUUCUUUCUGGUGUUGCUAUGGGACAGGUAUAGAAUCCUUUUCAAAACUUGGUGAUUCUAUUUACUUUGAGGAGAAAGGAGAUACGCCUGCACUCAACAUAAUUCAGUACAUACCAAGCACUCUCAACUGGAAAGCAGCUGGGCUUACUGUUACUCAGCAAAUCAAAACGCUCAGCUCUUCUGACUUGUAUCUUCAAGUUUCACUCUCCAUUUCUGCAACGAAGACAAGCCAGUCGGCCAAACUGAAUUUUAGAAUUCCAUCAUGGACAUCUGCUGAUGGUGCAGGAGCAACUUUGAAUGACAAAGAUUUGGGGUCGUUAUCUCCAGGAUCUUUCCUCUCAAUUACCAGACAGUGGAACUCAGAGGAUCACCUAUCACUACGCUUUCCCAUCAGGUUAAGAACUGAAGCAAUUAAAGAUGACCGGCCAGAGUAUGCCUCCCUUCAAGCAGUCCUAUUUGGGCCAUUUGUUCUUGCUGGCCUAUCCACCGGUGACUGGGAUGCAAAAGCUGGCAAUAGCAGCACAAUUUCAGAUUGGAUCACCGUUGUCCCUUCAGUGUACAACUCACAGCUGGUAACCUUCACACAAGUAUCCAAUGGGAAAACAUUCGUCCUCUCAAGCGCAAAUGGCUCCCUAACAAUGCAAGAGCGACCUGAAAUCGACGGCACUGGCACCGCCAUCCAUGCAACAUUCAGGGCACACCCUCAGGACUCGACAGAACUGCAUGACAUGUACGGUACAACCAUGAAGGGAGCUUCCAUGCUGAUCGAACCAUUUGACUUGCCAGGAACUGUGAUCAACAACAACCUCACCCUAUCUGCUCAGAAGGGCUCAGAUUCCCUCUUCAACAUAGUACCCGGGCUUGACGGAAAUCCUAACUCAGUUUCCCUUGAGCUAGGGAAUAAACCAGGGUGCUUCUUGGUGACAGGCGUGGAUUACCCUGCGGGGACGAAGAUUCAGGUCAGCUGCAAGAGUUCUCUUCAGAGUAUUGGUGGGAUACUCGAGCAGGCGGCAAGCUUUCUGCAGACUGCCCCACUGAGGCAGUACCAUCCGAUCAGCUUUAUCGCAAAGGGAGUGAGGAGGAACUUCCUCCUGGAACCACUGUACAGCUUGAGGGAUGAAUUCUACACGGUUUACUUCAGCGUUGGAGCCUGAGUCCCCAAAAUUACACAUGGGAGUAGAAAUAAUACAGAAUAACGCACGGCCUCUUUCUUCUAGUACAAUGUAGUUUAGAACAGGCAAUUAAAGAGGAAACGAGCUGUUUCCUGUGUAUCCCUCUCAUAUACAUUCACUACUGCAAUGCCGAGCCGACCAGUUCUCCAGUUCUUGAGGAAGUUAUUUGAGAUUCUGUGCAUUUUUCGCAGGUGAA